CCCUGAUGUUUCCAGUUUUUCACUCUUAAGGGCUGUGUUCCUGGCUCUGUCUUUGUGGAAGGUUGGUUUUAUUUUUCCCUGCUUUGCAUCUCAAUGCUUGGAGACCGACUUUUUCCUUAGCCUAGAGAGCCGUCCUGGAGUUGGGGGAUGCCACACUGUGGAGUCCUGCCAUUUCUGCCGGUCAGCAGAGAAGGGAGAGGCUAGUGUGACCUUCCCAGCUCCAGUUUGAAUGGUCCUAUGGAAAAGUCCAGUGUGCGGCUCAUGCUGAUUCAGUGACAGACCUUCAGGGCUGGCCAGCCUGUGCCAUUCUUCUGUCCCCUGCUGAUGUCCGAGCAUGUUGAGUUUUUAUUACUAUAGAGAAGAAGGAAAUUCAGUCCCUAUGGUCACAGGGCGAAGUCUCCUUUUGCUGCAGAACAGACUGCUUCCUGAUGGAGAUGCCAGGAAGAAAAAGAAUGACUCUAUCCGCUCAGCCGGCGGCACGGAGAACGAGGUGCCUACCUAUAAGUAUAACAUGAAUUUCGAGAAGGUCGGCAAGUGCAUCAUAAUAAACAAUAAGAACUUCGAGCCAGUGACAGGCAUGGGCGUCCGAAAUGGAACCGACAGAGAUGCUGACGCUCUUUUCAGGUGCUUCCGGAACCUAGGCUUCGAUGUGGUUGUUUAUAAUGAUUGCACUUGUGCCAAGAUGCAGGAUCUGCUCAAACAAGCUUCCGAGGAGGACCAUACCAAUUCAGCGUGCUUCGCUUGCAUCUUGUUAAGCCACGGAGAAGAAAAUUGUAUUUACGGGAAAGACGGUGUAACACCAAUAAAGGACUUGACCAUCCAUUUUAGGGGAGAUCGAUGCAAAACCCUUUUAGAGAAACCCAAACUCUUCUUCAUUCAGGCUUGCCGAGGGACGGAGCUUGAUGACGGCAUCCAGGCUGAUUCGGGGCCCAUCAAUGACACCGAUGCUAAUCCCCGCUAUAAGGUCCCAGUUGAAGCUGACUUUCUCUUCGCCUAUUCCACGGUUCCAGGCUAUUACUCUUGGAGGAACCCGGGAAGAGGUUCCUGGUUUGUGCAGGCUCUCUGCUCCAUCCUGGAGGAACAUGGCAAAGACCUGGAGAUCAUGCAGAUCCUUACACGGGUAAACUACAGGGUGGCCAGACACUUCGAGUCCCAGUCAGAUGAUCCCCGUUUGAAUGAGAAGAAACAGAUCCCAUGUGUGGUGUCCAUGCUCACCAAAGAGCUCCACUUCCGCAAGUAACUGUUCCUCCUAGCUGAGAAGCUAGGGACCACUUGAUGAGUCAGGUUGUUAUUGUUUUAUUAUUAAUAUCAUUAUCAUUAUUUUGAUGCUCUUGCAAUACUCAGAAAUGUUAUAAGCUUUUAAUUUCAGGAAAAUUUAUUGAUUCAACAGGGAAGAAACUUUCUGGUGCUUAUGAUCUCUGAACUUUUCAGAGCCUUUUUACCAUGUUAUUCAUUUGGUGACUUUGUAAUUUCCUCUUAACGUUAGUUUUUGUUCGUAUUUUUUUCAUUUUGUUAACUGCACCUUAAUUCAUACAACGGAAAUGACCUCCGGAGACAAUUCUUGGCAGUAUCGACUGUAAUUAGUGGUGACAUUGUGAAAGAGGGUCCUAUUUGCACUUAGCAGAACAAAUCUCAGUUUUUGACAAUAAAUGGCUGAUGAGACAGUCAUUGUCCUGUAUUGCAGAAAGUGGGCAUUGUGGGGUUUGAGUGAUUUUUUUUUUUUUUUUUCAUCAGUUAGGGCAGACUUUUAGGCAAGCAUUCCCAGAUAAGAGAGAAGAAGAAAUCUAAUGACUCUAAUAUGUACCAGUGAGGAUCCAGUCCAAAAACCAGAAGUUAUCCUAGGGGAUCCUAUAGAGGGAACUUAAUAUAGGAAAUUGAGUUAAUAUAAGAUUUUAAAAAGUGAAGCCAAACUUCAGAAGGCCAUUACCUCAGCUGGCACUGUGAGGACAAUAGGAAGAGGUGUGGCUGCCUGAGCCUGGACCUGGGAUGAUGGGGUACUCCCUGCUGGGAGCCGGGACCACUGAGGCACAGUGGAAAAUGGAGCCCGUGGUUAAGGCAAAGCCACUACUGAGCCAGUGACAAUGCCAGAGCUGAGUCAGAUGCUGAGAAACACCCUGGCUUUGCAUCUCCUGUCCUUAUGUCUUCCACCAGCAUCUGACCAUUCCAGCCUUGCCUGGAGGCUAGCAGGUCCAGACCCUGGGAAAUGUGGUUUCCUGUGAUACAGAGCAGAGCAAGGGAUGGUGAGGCCACAGAAAAGCAAGGAGUGGAUAAGCCUGGCCCAUAAUGUGAACAUAUUCCUCACUCUUCAGUUCAUCCAUUCAGUUGUCUAUUCCUUAAACUGUCAGAUAGUCUACCUAUUUGCAGAAAGAUCUGUGUCUACUUUAUGUGCCAAAUAAUCUGUUAUGGCUUUAAAAUAUACUUAGAAGUUUUCAAAUUAUUCCAAAUAUUACUCUGAAUAAAUUUUUUUGUUACCUCUAAUUUUGUGAGGAAGUUUAUAUCUAAGAUUUAGGGCACUUUGUAUCCAAGAUGGUAAUACCUUUUGAAUUCUUUAUAUGUUACUGUGUUUUCCCUUCCUAAUAAUUGGUUAACAGAUGUUUAUAUUUAUUGAUUAAAAUGUGACUGCUUAAUUCCUAA